AUGGCGCAGAUGGCUGAAAAAAGGGCAUUAAAAUAUGAUGAAAUGGUGCGUUAUAAUAUUGCUUCAAAAUUACAUCUACUCAGUGUUGAACUUGAAGAAGUAGAGACUUCAAGGGCUUUGGAAUAUGAACGCGAAAUUGCUGAUAGACUCGAAGCUGAACGCAAAGAAAAGGCAGCAUCCAGUCGAUUUCAACAAAAAAUCGAUCUACAAAAUCAGCUCAAAGAACAGGAGCAAAGACAUCAAGAGGCAUACGCAGAAUUCCUCAAAGACAAAAUGAUGGUAGACGAAAUAGUGAAAAAAAUAUAUGAGGAAGACCGUCUGUAA